AUGUCAUCCUUCGACAACACCAUCGCCUUGGACGCAGACAACUUCGUUCUCAAGAAUGUCGAUUUUUUGUUGAGCUCUAAGCCGUAUAUGGAGACUCGUUUUAUUCUAUGGCCCGAUGUCUGGCACAAGGGUACCUCUCCUCUCUAUUAUGACAUUGCUCGCUUCACUAUAGGCGAGCCAGUUAAAAGACAAGGCUUGGAGAAUUCUCAGCCGUUUAACGAGUACAUUACAAAGGACAUUGAUAAAGAAAUAUACUUCCAUGAUUUGGAUGGCACGCCUCCCGGAAGAGGCGUUGAAAGUGGCCAGUUGGUGUUCUCAAAGAAGGAACACUUCCGAAGCCUUGCUCUUGCUGCAUACUACAACAUCCACAGAGAGUUUUACUACCCACUUCUUUACCAAGGUGUUCAUGGCUCUGGCGACAGAGAGACGUUUGUACCGGCUCUUCAUGUCAUGAACGAGCCUUAUUACUUGUGUGAGUACCAGGUAGAGUUUAUGGGUGUGUGGAGACCAAGACCAACAGAACCGGAAGAGAAGUAUUUUGAUGAAACCACGCUUAUUCAGCGUGAUCCACAGGAGUCAAAGGAGUUCUUUGCAAAGUGGAGAUCGUGGCUCCGCCUGCAAUCCCUAGACCAGCGUCUAUACAUGUUUCAAGAGAACGAUUACACGAAAGAGCUAUACACACGAUUUGCUCUGGAGAAUAAGGAUCUCGCAACACCAUCUGCCCUAUUUCUUCAUGUGCACAUGCCCAAAAUGAACCCUCUUUACAACGAACUAUCAGCAAAAAACAAGUACGACUACAAGGGUCGGUACUUGCGAAAGAUUGGCGAGUACAACGAGGCCGUCGGCGACAGCGACUAUGAGCUUCGUAUACACACUUUAUCACAAUGGCUUGUUUGCGAAGAAUUGACAGAUACUUCCUUCUGGAACCGUUACGAAGUUGACCGGUCGAAGCUCUGUGAGAAGAUCACUAAAUACGUUAAGAUCUUGAAAGAGGAUACAAAUGACGCCUCGGCGGCCAAGCUCAAGAAACUCGACGGAAAGACCGAUAUCACAAAUUGA